AGAAAUUGUCUGCUUCCUCCUUUUUUUUUUUUACGCCGGCCUGUCAGCGCGAUUUAGAUCUUCGGUGAUAGCCUCGGUGUUCGUCGAUUCGAUUAUCAUUUCAAGAUCAAUUUUGACCCUUUUUCCAACGAAGACGAUGGGACCCAUUCGCGCCACCCGUGCCAUCGUCCAAAGACCUGUCGUGAAGUCUGAAAAUGAGAAUUACGCCGUGGACAAGAAACAAGUUGUACCGAGAGGAGCCGUGAGCAAAUUACCUCUCAGCAAUCGCGUUCUCGGGGAAGUGACUAACAAUGGACGAAAAGCAGCGAAUUUGAUGAGCAAACCUCCAGUCAAGGGUGUUUCAACUCGCAGAGCAGCAAAAGAAGCAGCUCCCGUUUCUCCUCUGGUGGUGAACCCUGAAAUUAAGACUCCUUCAGAUGAUCAAGAAUCCACCUCAGAGUAUAUCACACCUGGCGAAACCUUCUCUGAAACGAAGUAUGACGAUGUGGAGGAAAUGGAAGUUGAUACCUCUACCUCAUGCUUCGUUGGUUCGAGGGGGCGGACCAUCGAUCUGAGCACAGGCAAAGAACUUCAGUAUGAUCUCUCCAAAGUGAUCGAUUAUGAUUCCCAAAAUGUGGGGAAGAUUGAGGAGUAUUCCUGCUACGUAGAAGAUGUGUUCAGAUACUACCGUCAGCGGGAGAUUGAUCCGCAGUUCGCCGUCGAUCCGCAGUACAUCAUUCACCAGAAGAACAUAAACUGGGCAAUGCGGUCUAUUUUGGUCGACUGGAUCGUAGAUUUGCAAGAGUCUUUCGCCUUGUGCCACGAAACAUUGUACCUCGCCGUAAAAAUUGUGGACCUCUACUUGACUAAGUCACAAAAGGUGUUGCCAAUGGAUAAGCUGCAGUUGUUGGGCAUUACAUCCGUGUUCAUCUCUUCAAAGUUCGAGGAGAGAACCUACACUCGUGUGGAUGAUUUGGUAUACAUGACGGAAGAUUCCUACACUGCGAGUGAGGUGUUCACCAUGGAAGUCGAAGUUAUGCAGACUAUAGGCUUCCAACUGGGAUUCCCGAUGUCGUACAGGUUUCUACGAAGAUUCGCGAAGACGAAGCAAUUAACCAUGCAAGUCCUCACGUUGGCGAGAUACAUUCUGGAGUCAAGUUUGCUCGACAACGCUUUCUUGGGCGAUCGAGAGUCUUUGCAGGCUUCUGGAGCUUUGUAUCUUGCCAUGAAAAUGACAAAUCCGACCGCAGAUCCGUGGGACGAUACAGCUAUACACUAUUCUGGAGUAGACAAGGAGUCCGCCAAGAAGCAGGCGAUCAAGUUGAAUGGGAUGCUGAGAAGACCGAAGAAAAAUUGUAAAACUGUUCAAACGAAAUAUGAGCAUGAGGUAUUCAUGAAGGUGGCGCUUAUCACGAAGAUCUCCGACGAUGUCUUGUGAGAAACUGACUGCUUUACGUCCCGAAUUCCAUCAGGGAGAAUUCACAAACCCAGCAAGGAUUAUGUUAUAUAAGCCUAUUUGUUGCCAAUUCUAUCCGUUUUUCUGACGGGAUGAGGCCUCACGCGAUAAGAUAUAUUCGGUGAGGCUGUGACUCGGUUUUUUUUUUAAAUCUGUGAAAACAUCUGAUUGUGAAAAGACAUUAAAUUAUGUAUGUUUUUUGAAGCUGAUUAAAACGUUUGACUCUUUAUGAUUCUUGUCUUUCUGGAAAUGACUCGAUUUUGGUCACGUGGGCAAAUGGCGUGUUUCUCGUUUCGAUCUUUGGGAAAAGCGUAGUGUGUGAUGCCUCGAUAAGAUUCAUACCGCGGAUUCCUUGAUGUGUGGUUCCAUUUUAAAUGUAUGAGAAUAUACAAGUCGGCAUUGUAUCAUGAUGGUGAAUAAAUAUUUUGACCUCA